AUGGUGACCAUAAAGAGAAUGACGGGAAUGUGGAACUCAAAGAGUUUGAAUGGAAAUCGCUUCCCCAUCAUGCAGGUGUUUACAGUCACAUUGGCCCUACAUCCCAAUGGGAACGUUAUCAUUGCACAGUCAGCACCGAUACCAAUCAGCGAUCUUUUCGAACCACCUUUUACGACGAUGGAACUCGAAGACUUACCCGAUAACGAAAUACGUCAGCGCCUCAUCGCUUUGGGACAAAAUGUCGGACCACUGACACCAACUACGAGAGCAGUUCAUAUAAAAAAGCUACGAAACUUGAUGGCUAUGCAGGGAGAGAACGCUAUCACAGUGCACGAACCAACACCACCUCCAUCUUUUAGCAGUGGAGAUGGCACGAACCAACUGGAAAUUAUUGACAGUGAGCCUAUUCUGGAGGACGACCAGCCAUUAACGCAGCUUCGUGCGCCUCUUGAAGUGUCUGAGACACCUCGUGCUUCUAAGGUUGUUGCACCACAACCUAGAGUUUCAGCGGUAGCUGACGACGGUUCUGAUGGAGAAAUGUGGGGUGAAGAAUCAGUGCGAUAUUUGUCGCCUGAAGAAAUGGAGUUGGAGAUGAGCUACAAUAGGACUAGCCCCGUCUCUAACGUCGUUCAGACGGGUAAUGUUAGAAAGAAACGUUCAGAAGACUUUUCUCUGAAAUUUGAUCGUACGAUCUAUUUUAUCGAAACUUUAAACUGUUAUCCUCCAGUUGUCAAAUCGUUCAGCUUUUGGUUCAUCAAAUCCAACGUCUUUGAUGUUCGCCAAUAG